UGCUUUAUGUUCCUUCUCGACUCGAUUAUCGUCUCCGAUUCCGUAGUUAUUCAUCUCAAGGUAUUAGUGCAUCUCUACAACCCUUAGGUUGAGAGUUCAAGCGUCUUUCAAGGGACAUUACGCAGAGCAGUUCACGGUAUAUGGUCACAAUAGUCAAUUCACUCCUAUGUAUUGGGCAUAAUGUUCCUAUACGUAUGGACUUACCUGAAAUUUUAUCCUGUAAAGUCUUCUUUAUCAUUGUUUAUUCAAUAUUAUUUAUAGAAACAUGUAGUUUGUCUGGUAAGAAAGAUGAGUGUUCUGAAAAUAAAAAGGAGCAUGUAGUUAGUUGACUGGUUAACAUUUUUACAUGUGUUAGAUUAUAUACUCUUGACAUCAUCUAUAUUUCUUUUUCUAGGGAAGGACAAUCGUAGAAUAUGGAAUUAUCAACUUCCUAAGGGUUUGAGAGAAUGAAAAGUAAAACUUGGAGAUGGGUUUUAGGAUUGAUAUAUAUACUUGCUGUUGCAACCAUAUGGAUAGCUGCUAGUUUUGUAGUUCAGUCAGUUGUUGAUGGGGGUGUCUCGCCAUUUCUCAUCACGUAUAUAUGCAACUCAUUGUUUGUGAUAUACAUCCCACUAGUAGAAAUCGGGCGUUAUCUGGAGGAUAACUAUGGGAGUUUGCUGUUUUGGAGAAGUAGAAAUGAUAGUGGCUCAGUAGGAAUACAAGAAUCGGAGGUGGCCACCCUUCUUGUAGAAAAUGAUGGUGGUGUACAGACUAAUGGAUUAGACUUUGGUACAGCGGAAGCGGUUACUCAUGGUGAUGAUGUUGCUUUGGGAACUAAGGUUGUAUUGGAUCAACAUGCCAUUGAAGGAGAUGGUAGUGGGGAAUUGGACGCUAAAGGGCGUUGGACUCGUAAAAGACUUGCAAAAGUCAGCCUGUUGAUUUGCCCAUUCUGGUUUCUUGCACAACUUUCAUUUAACCUUUCUCUGAAGUAUACUACUGUCACAUCAAAUACCAUCUUAAGCACUGCAUCCAGCCUCUUCACCUUUUUGGUUUCUCUCGCAUUCUUGGGUGAGAAGUUCACUUGGAUAAAGCUGUUCAGUGUUCUCCUUUGCAUGGGAGGUACUAUAAUUGUCAGUUUGGGUGACUCGAAAACUGAAACGAGUGCAACAGCUCCAAACCCUGCUCUUGGAGAUAUUCUGGCUCUUGUUUCAUCAGCCUUCUAUGCUGUUUACAUUACCCUCAUCCGUAAAAACUUGCCAGAAGAAGAUGACGAUGCAAAAACUGGGAAGGUCAGUAUGGCCCAGUUUCUUGGGUUUUUGGGGCUAUUCAACCUUUUGAUUUUCUCACCUAUUGCCCUCAUACUUCAUUUGGCUAAUCUGGAGCCCUUUGAUACCAUUAGCCGGAAGCAGUUUGGUCUAAUUGUCGGAAAAGGUUUACUGGAUAAUGUGCUUAGCGAUUACUUAUGGGCAAAAGCCGUUCUACUCACUACAACAACAGUGGCAACGGCUGGACUCACAAUUCAGGCAUCAACAUUCCUUCAGCUACAUGUUCGACCACGAAAGAAUCUGCUCUUGAACUCGAAGAAAAUCACACAAAUGACCAUAAUACCCUCGGCAUUGCUGACACAAACGAUCAGGUACAGCCAAGAACAUAAACCUACUAGCCAAAUGGUCAACGGCCUCAGCCAAGAACGCAAACGAUUAGUUACCGGUGGAUCCCAAUCUUUUUGGAAGUCCAGGGUUGAAGCCUCAGUUUUUGGUGAGAAGUGUGUGAGAGUUUUGUUCAUAUACAAAUAUAUAUAUACAUCAGAAAAGUAAACAUAAACUUAGUGUGUUUCAUAUGAUACUAUCUUUUUAUAGGCCUAUACAACAUUUUUUGAUGAUAUUGU